AGCGGGCGAGGAUGGCGGCGGCGCCGCCGGCCCGGGAGCUCACACAGAACCCGCUGCAGAAGACAUGGGAGCCGUACGACAACGGACUGCCGGCGGGGCACAGCGCGCAGCGCGGCGUAUGUAUGACCAAUUGCCCUACUCUGAUUGUCAUGGUGGGUCUCCCAGCAAGAGGGAAAACCUACAUUUCAAAGAAGCUGACACGCUAUUUGAAUUGGAUUGGAGUGCCUACAAAAGAAUUUAAUGUUGGUCAGUAUCGUCGAGAUUUGGUGAAAAAGUAUAAAUCUUUUGAGUUCUUCCUGCCUGACAAUGAAGAAGGCUUGAAAAUCAGGAGACAGUGUGCCUUAGCAGCGCUGAAUGACGUCCGACAGUACCUCAGUGAGGAAAACGGGCACGUGGCUGUCUUUGACGCUACAAACACCACUCGAGAACGCAGAGAAACUAUUUACAAAUUUGGUGAAGAAAAUGGAUAUAAGACUUUUUUUGUUGAGUCAGUAUGUGUAGAUCCAGAGGUCAUCGCUGCAAACAUUGUGCAAGUGAAGCUGGGUAGCCCUGACUAUGUUGAUUGUAGUAAUGAUGAAGCGACAGAAGACUUCAUGAAAAGAAUAGAGUGCUACAAGAACUCCUAUGAGACGUUAGAUGAAACUCUUGACAAGGAUCUUUCUUACAUUAAAAUUAUGGAUGUUGGAAGGAGUUACCUUGUGAACCGAGUAAUGGAUCACAUUCAGAGCCGGAUUGUCUACUACCUCAUGAAUAUCCAUGUGACUCCUCGGUCAAUCUACCUCUGUCGACAUGGAGAAAGUGAACUCAAUCUGAAAGGGAGAAUAGGAGGAGAUCCUGGACUGUCUGUUAGGGGAAAAGAAUUUGCCAAAAGUUUGGCACAAUUUAUUAAUGAGCAAAAUAUCAAAGAUUUGAAGGUUUGGACCAGCCAGAUGAAAAGGACAAUUCAGACUGCUGAAGCCUUGGGAGUGCCUUAUGAGCAGUGGAAGGUUUUGAAUGAAAUAGAUGCAGGAGUGUGUGAAGAGAUGACAUAUGAAGAAAUACAGGAGAAUUAUCCUCUUGAAUUUGCACUGAGAGACCAAGACAAAUACAGAUACAGAUACCCCAAAGGAGAGUCCUAUGAAGAUCUUGUUCAGAGACUGGAGCCAGUAAUUAUGGAACUUGAAAGGCAGGAAAAUGUGCUUGUCAUAUGUCACCAAGCUGUCAUGCGCUGUUUGCUUGCAUAUUUUCUUGACAAGCCUGCAGAACAACUGCCUUACCUGAAGUGCCCACUGCAUACUGUCUUAAAGCUAACCCCGGUGGCUUAUGGAUGUAAAGUAGAAUCUAUAUUUCUGAAUGUUGAAGCUGUAAACACACACAGAGAUAAACCCGAGAAUGUAGAACUAUCCAGACCUCCUGAGGACGCUCUUGUAACAGUCCCUGCUCAUCAGUGAAUCCCGUGUGCUGACCAACUGUCGAACUUGGGAAUGUUGGGGUGGAUCGGUCAAGAGAAGAAGCUUUGAGGACAGUGCCCAACCACCUAUAGCUCCAGUUCCUGGGAGGCCGCCCUUCCUCCAGUGAAAGAGUGGGAAGUAGCAGCUCAGGUCCAGGAGGAUGGAGAAGGUUUUGCUGGAACAGUCUGGAACCAACGCACCUCCCUUCACUUUGAGGCAUUUGGAAUGUGACUCAGCUUCUUUGGAGCAAACCUGUAGUUGUGGAUAACUCCCAGUGCCCAAAGGUAUCAGUGAAAAGAGUGAUGGGAAGCAAAACGGAGUUGGGUUUAGACUUUUUGUAUGUAAAUUUGUGCAGUUUCAGUGUGGGUUUUUUAUUGCUCACCCAUGGACACUAUGUGCUGGUUAAUGUCAGAUUUUAAUUAGAUGCUACUUUCUUUUUUGUUUUUCUAAGAGUUCCUCUUAUUUUUACUGUGAAUGAUUGCCUGGAAUUACACAGCGAGAUGUUGGAUGGUGUAUUUAACAUAGGUGACGUAUGUUUUGAGCACUGGAGGCUUCGUGUUGCAAAACUGCUUUAAACAGGAAAGCCUGUCAGCCCUGGUAGCUUUGUGUGUUCAGUUGAGCUUCAGUUUGCCAACCAUGGCUUGUAUUUCCUGACAUGGGGAGGCUUUCCCUUUGGGCAAUAAAGCCGGAUUUGCUGCCUGAAAGGUUCUGGUUUAGUGAAAAAUGAACAUUCUCCAGGGACCAGGUGUGUUCUGGAGGGCAGGGGAAGACAGUGGGGAGGGUACAGAAUGACCAGGAACACUUCAAGCGCUGCUGUCUAAAGCUGAGUGUGUGAUCCCUUUGCAGAUCUCUAUUAAUUCAGCUGUGUCUGUUAUUGAGUGAGGAGAGAGACCACACAGUGCUGCUUGGAGAAGUUAAUUUAUUGAUGUGUAGGUUAAUGAGGCAGAAGUAUAGGAUUUCCCUUCCUCAUUUGAUGUGUGUUCCGCCUGGGAAAGCUGGGCUGUGCUCCACGCAGCUCCCCAGACCUCUACUGACCAGCAGCUGUUAAACAGUUGUUAGAUUGAGAUAGUCAGAACUUACCUGUAGUCACAAAGAGCAAAGCCCAGGAGCUGCCUUAGCAAUGCAAGUUUUACCUGCAGCCUGGGGUGGUACUGCCUUGAGCUGGGACCUGUUUGAAGAGAUGCAGUAGGAGGAAAAGGUUUCUCCUAAUGAGAGCUGAGCCCAUGGCCCACUUCUUUUCACUGGCAAGCACGGCUUGAGGUGUCUCCCCUCUUUCCCUGUGUUUUUACUUCUCUCAACUCUGAGGUGCUGUAAAAUUCCUUGAGGCUAAAUGUUUUAUGUAUGGGUAGGUAUUUUUAUAGCCUGCUUUUGAAUAUACUGUGAGUGUUUAACUAAACUGGGUGUUCAGUAAAAAAGAAUUGUAUACAAGUGUAAAUAAACUGUUAUGCUGAUACUUGAAGAGGAAAAAAGAUUAAUGAAGUUGUCUGUUGUACUUUAGGAAGGUGUUAAAUCACUGGCUGCAUCUGAUCCUUUCUAGCUGGCAGGAGCAAGCGUAGACAAUGAAUGUAGGUUGGAAGUGAAUGGUGGAUCUCCCUGGGAUAUAACCACCUUUUUGGAGAGGCACUGGUAGGAACUGGAGGUUACUGUCACUGUCUAAAAGCAGAGUAUGUCCCCCCUUCCUGACAGGGGAGGAGAAAACCCUUGUCCUGACUUUGUGUGUUUGUACCUGUGUUUAUUCUACCACCUUCUGACUGUUAAUGCCCUUGCUAGCUCAGAUGCAGUCCUUUCAAACAGGACUGAACUGUCUUUUCUUACACUGUUGGCCUUCGUCGUAACCUUUCAGACAAAUGUAAUCAUUUGACCUUUGAUCCAGGUAAUAAAGAUCAAAUGCUAUGA